AUGCAUUCGACAGGCCGUGCAGCGAGCGUGGUGCAACCUCCCGGCAAAUUACAACUGGGACAUCUGCACGCAGCAGAACUACGCGGCGAGCGAGGGGGCGAUCAUCCCUGGAAAGCUAGAAGGCCGGCGAUGUCGGGCGAUUGGGCUGUCAUUGCAGCAAUCACGUCACUAAAUCACGUCAGCGAGCCAACCCCACCCAUGCUGGCAGGAGCCCGAAAGCUUGUCGACAGCUCGUAUCACGGCUAUUACACCCCGGAGAGGCAGCGUUUUCAGGAUGACCUUGUCACCGAUCUUGUUGAAAACAAUGGUCGGUCACAGCAGGCACCCGUUCUGUUGCCCCUUGGAUGCGCUGAGGUACUGGGCAGGUUGUUGUCUUCGCCAAGAUGCCCAAGGUUUACUGCGGGAGCCAUGGGCGUGGGCAAAACCUUUGUGCUCCACUGGCUCCGGGACAAGGGCAUUUUGCCCGUCUCUGAUUUUGUCAGAAUCAACCCUGACAAGCUGGCCAAGCAACUUCCGGAGUGGGCGCGGUUAAGAUAUGAUGCCUACGACCACUCCAGCGCUGCAGUGAUGACUCGGUUGGAGGCCGGCUACCUCAGCGAGCUCACUUUACUUUAUGCCCUCCAGCAGAGGCGCAAUAUCUUGGUUGACAGCUCCCUACGGCACGGCAAGUGGUACUCCCGAGUCCUGCAAAAGAUCCGUGAGAAGCUGCCGGAUGUGUCCGUCGUCCUCAUGUACAUCCAUGCGUGCGAGGAAACGGUGUUUCAGAGGGCAGUCGAACGAGGGCACAACGGUCGCGCAGUGAGUCAUGCAGAAGUCGCCGACUCCUUGGAAAAGCUUCCGCGGGCUCUUCAGAAACUUCUUCCUUAUACGGACUCCUUCAUCCAGGUGAACAACAACUUCGACGAGCCUCAGGUAACAUCCGUUUGUCAGCAGGUGCGAGACGAAGAAGGCUCCUCGUGUCAAGUGUCAGAAGACAUCGAGUCCAUGGGCGAGGUGGGCUGGUCCGGUGUGGCAAGUGUGCUGCAGCAGGCGACUACCGGCCCGCCUGCAGAACCGCUAGCCGAGCCGCCGGCCAUUCUUCCAGCUUCCGGCUCCUCCCUGCCCCAGCCCAUGAGCACCCUCUUCCACACCAUCGCCUUUGCUGCCACGAAGCAUCAGAACCAGACUCGCAAAAACCCACAGCAGACGCCCUACAUCAACCACCCCCUGGCCGUUGCUCGCAUUCUUGCCGAAGUGGGCAUCCGUGAUUUGCCUACGCUGCAAGCGGCGCUCUUGCACGACACGCUGGAGGACACCGAUACCAGUGCUGCCGAGCUCUCCGCUACUUUUGGCGAGCAGGUCCGGGAGCUAGUGACGUCGCUGACCGAUGACGACAGCUUGCGACCGGUCCACAGAAAGCUGGUGCAGCUGCGAGGUGCUACAACUUUGCCCCCGAAGGCGAAGCUUGUACGCAUCGCAGACAAGCUGCACAAUGUGUGGGAUCUCGUCCAUCAUGGCAUCCCAUCCUGGCCCAAGGACAUAGGAGUGCACUUCCAGACCUGCAUGCCGCUGCCUGGCUCCAGAAUCUUGGCUCUGGAAACUUUACUCGCCGUCGUGACCUCCGCAGACGCCAUGACUUCGCAAGGGAAGAUCACCUAUACCUACACCGAUGAGGCACCAAUGUUGGCGACCCACGCCUUGUAUCCCAUAAUCAAGGCAUUCUGCUCCCAAGCCGGCGUCGAGAUGGAGUUGAAGGACAUCUCCGUUGCCGGGCGCGUUCUCGCUCUGUUCCCAGAGAGGCUCCAGGAGGAUCAGCGCACUGGCGACUUCCUGGCAGAGCUCGGCCGCCUAGCACAGAGUGGCCAGGCGAACAUCAUCAAGCUGCCCAACGUGAGUGCCUCCGUGCCACAGCUGAAGGAGUGCAUCGCUGAGCUGCAAGGCCAGGGCUUUGCCAUUCCCGGCUACCCGGAAGAUCCCAAGGACGAUGAGCAGAAGGAGAUCAAGGCCCGCUAUGCCAAGGUCCUCGGCAGCGCUGUGAACCCUGUGCUCCGUGAGGGCAACUCUGACCGCCGGGCUGCCGUGCCAGUGAAGGAGUAUGCCUUCAAGUACCCGCACUCCAUGGGGACUUGGGCCAAAGAUUCCAAAACACACGUUGCAUCAAUGUCCGACGGAGAUUUCUAUGCACACGAGAAGUCGGUGACGAUUGCCGAGGCCUGUGAGGCUCGUAUCGAGAUGGUGGCCGAGUCCGGCGAGGUCACAGUGCUGAAAGAGAAGAUCUCCUUGCAGCAGGGCGAGAUUUUGGACGCGAGCUUCAUGAACUGCUCCAUGCUUCGCGAAUUCUUUGAAGCCCAGAUCGCCGAUGCGCGGGAGAAGGAUGUGCUGUUCUCGCUGCAUUUGAAAGCCACAAUGAUGAAGAUCUCAGAUCCCAUCAUGUUCGGGCACUGUGUCAAGGCUUACUUCAAGGACGUCUUUUCAAAGCAUGCCCAGACUUUCGAGAAGCUAGGCGUCAACGCAAACAACGGGCUCGGCGAUGUGUACAAGAAGAUCGCGGGCCUUCCCGAGGCGGAGAAGGCGGUAAUCGAGGCGGACAUCAUGGCCACCUAUGCAAAGCAGGGGAAGAUGGCGAUGGUAGAUUCCCACAGAGGUAUCACAAAUCUCCAUGUUCCGAGUGACAUCAUCAUCGAUAACUCCAUGCCCACUGCCAUUCGUGCGGGUGGCAAGAUGUGGAACAAGGACGACAAAGAGGAGGAUUUCAAAGCAUGCAUUCCAGACCGAAGCUAUGCAGGAGCUUCGCAGAGUGCAUUGAGUUCUGCAAGAAGAACGGCGGAAGAGUAUGGCUCCCACCCGACAACCUUUGAGGCACCAUGCUCCGGCACCAUCCGCAUCGUCGUCAACGAUGCCAGCAACAAAGUGCUUCUGGGACAUCGCCUGCAGAAGGGGGACAUCUGGCGCUCCUGCCAGACCAAGGAUGCCCCGAUCAAGGACUGGGUGAAGCUUGCAGUUCGCCGAUGCCAGGCCAACGACUUCCCGGGGAACGAGAAGCCCUGCAAGGCGAUCUUCUGGCUGGAUCCUGCCCGGGCCCACGACUGCCAGAUCAUGGACAAGGUGCACAAGUACCUCCCGGAAGUCAGGACGGACGGCUUAGACUUGGACAUUGAGAUCAUGUCGCCGCAGCAGGCCAUGCGAGUAACUUGCGAGCGGGCCAAGCAGGGAUUGAACACCAUCACUGUGACUGGCAAUGUCCUCCGUGACUACCUCACGGACCUCUUCCCAAUCCUGGAACUCGGGACAAGUGCCAAGAUGCUUUCGGUGGUGCCUAUGCUAGCAGGUGGGGGCAUGUAUGAGACGGGAGCAGGCGGCUCUGCCCCCAAGCACGUCCAGCAGUUCACAAAAGAGAACCACCUUCGCUGGGAUUCUUUGGGCGAGUACUUGGCGCUCACCUGCUCCAUCGAAGAUCUUGCGAAGGACACAGGAAACAAGGCGGCCGCAAAUUUGGCUGCAGCACUUAGUCGUGCAGUUGGCCGCUUCCUGGAUGCCAACAAGAACCCCUCCCGCAAGGUCAAAGAGAUCGACAACCGCGGGAGCCAUUACUGGGUCGCACGCUACUGGGCUGAGGAGUUGGCCUUACAGGGCGAGGACCAGCGCCUAAAGGAUACAUUCUCGGGAAUGGCCGCAGAGCUCAAAGAGAAGGAAGCUGCCAUCCUCUCCGACAUGAUCGAGUGCCAGGGAAAGACUGUUGACAUUGGUGGCUACUACCACGUUGAGAAGGCCAAGGCCGACGUGGCAAUGAAUCCCAGCGCCACUUUCAACGGCAUCAUCGCUCGCCUGGCUCAGGGUCCAGACGCCAGGUGUGGUGUUGCUCACAUGCUCCCGACGGAGGCCAUUGAUUUGUCGGAAGAUGGAGCGCACCGAGCGGUACAUCGCCUGGGCAGCUUGGCAGCUAACUUGUCGCUGUUCGCCUGUGAGAUGGUGGCAGCCUUGAAGGGGACUCAUGCAGCCCCUCGUCUUUACUGGCCACAGGUGAAGGUGAUCUAUGUUUUUGCUCUCAGCGAGGCUCUGGAGGAACGAUUCCACACCGAAGUUUCGCUACCCGCUGGCUACGAGUUGGGCGACUGGGAGCGCUUCGCACAAGAGCAGCUGAGGCACACAGAAGCCUGGGAGCACGUGCAUGUUCAGGACGAGGUCACGGAACAAGUGCACACGCCAGAGCUCGACGAACAGCGGGCGGUGCUGUCUCUUUUGAAGGCCGCAGAGUAUGUCGCAAGUCAGAACGGCUCACAACUCAUCGACAGUGUGAAGUUUGCUCUGCUCCUGACAGAGUACGGCAUCAAAGACCCGGAGACGCUCAAGGCAGGGCUGCUACUCGGAACUGCUAAUGGUCACGACCGAGUGAUUGCGAAGGAAUUCGGAAACGAGGUGGCAUCCAUACUCCGGGGCCUGGAUGCUCCAUUCCCCUCUGUUGCAAGCAGUGCCAAGGCCAAUCGGAUCCGUCUGGGUAAGCACUUGCACGAGCUACGGAAGCUCCAGUGGGGCACACUCUCUUCGCCGGAGGAUAUUGAAGAGUUCCGCACCCUGUUGGAAAGAACACGGAGUGUUCGAAAGAUUCUUUCCGGCAGCCACCCGCCUUUGGAGGAGGCUUUGGAUGAUGUCUUCGGUGGCCAGGUUCGGCUGGCCAGUGGCGAGUUGACACCCGCAAGCCUGGAAUCCGUAGAAGACGCGGAGUUCUGGCACUGA